CUUGCGAUCUUAUCUGUUAUGGCGCACUUUGUAAUGCCAAAGUGUGGCCGGCAGAUGUCAGUGUUGUGUCAUUGCUGGGCAUGCUGAAAGGAAAUAGAUGUCAUGUAGAAAUGUUAUCCAGUGAUCCUUAUAUAUUUGACAGCUGGAGAAAACUGGAUGCCCUUUUUAACCCCUAAAAAAGGCAUGUUGAAAAAGAAGGGAAUUUGAAGACAAAAAUACACCGGACCAGUUGCAGUGCAUGAUGCCACCUGCUAAAAAUCUGGAAUCAGUCCUUCAGCUGUGUUCAGAAUGGCAAUUUGCAUGUCUGAAGUCAAGAAUAAAUUCUUCCUUUCAAGCCGUAUAUUAAAAAAGAAGAUAAAAAUGUUGUUAAUUGGCCUCCUGAUAUACAAGCAACACUGUGUGACUACAUGUUUGUCACUUAACAAAACAGUUCUGUGUGUGCACUUUUUUUUUCCAAAGAGGGUGUGAACGGAAACUGUGGGAGUGAUUCUUCACCCAUCUGUAAUAUAAAGUUGCCUGGCUCAUCUGUAUCUUCCCCCAGUGUCUGAUCGGAGUCAGGACAAGCCGAGGAACCCUCCCUCCAGGCUUCGCUUGCCUCUGACAAAUGAGCCGUGCCUCUGAUGGAGUGAGUGGUCAUUGGCACCCGUAUUCAGUGAGCUCCCAAAGACAAUCAAACACUUUAAGAAAUAUGUUGUGCAUUUACAGACACAUCAUUCAUUCCUUAAACAUAGAUCAUGACUCAUGCUGUCAAGCCUGACACCCCCACCGCUCUCUCUGGAAUCUCAAAUCUAAAUAUGAGUCUUAGUUAAACUGAAUGGCUAAGGAGGGGAAUGUCUCACUUUUAAAUUUUCUCCUGGAAAGCCCGGGUGGUCUUUCAUAUCUUUUUUUUUCCUUAAAAAAAUGGCACUGACUAGAUUGUUCCACAUUGCACUUCUGUCAUAGUUUAUAUCAGUCAAAAAAAAGGUUGUCCUUCUCUGUAAUGAGCUAGAACAAGAUAAACCGUAUGUUCAGUAAAUGAAACUGAGGUUAAACUGAUUUUCCUCAACAAUAUUUUUGAUUGUUCCACUGAAAAGUCAAGCUGUGCACGCGGCAGAGGUGAUUAUAACGUUUAAUCACUGCGCCCCAUCGCUGAGCAUAGCAGGCUUCUCACCCCGAGGUUUGAUUUACCCGCCCUCUUCCUGAGGAAAAAUCUCAUUCACUAGACGGAUUGCUAAGCGGGUCUCUCCAACCAGCCCCUAUAAAUCAUUCUUUAAUCAGAGGCUUCUCAGAUUGGGCGCAGACACCCGCAGGAGCACCACUGUGACACCUCAACUCCUCCCCAUGCGUCUCUGCAGUCCGGGGAGCUUUCAUCCUCUUCUUUUUCCACUGUGAGCUUGUCUGCAUUUGUUUUUGUCAUCAGGAAGUGUAUGACCACACAACGAUGCUUUAAUGCCUACUUCUGCUACAAGGAGAGGGGAGGUCUAACAAGAUCAGGAACAAGACUACUGAUAUAGAAGCUGGGAAACAAUACAAGGAGCAAAGUGGACAACUAAACCAGUCCAAAGAGGCCCUGAGACCACAGAAAGUCCAGUCUUACAACAUGUGUCAUAUUGUAUUGAUCCCAUACCAAGUAAAUACAGGGACAGUAUUGUUGAUACCAAUAUCGAUACCGAUACUUUUAACCUAUGAAGGCAGCUUAUGUUUGGCACUUAAGUUUGGCUUUUCACAAUAAUUAGUUAACACAUUAAAAAACACCUUUUCAGCUUUUCAUGUAUUUUGAAAGUAGGGUUUAUUUGUUUGUUGAGACCUGAAAUGUAAAUGUGUGUGGGUCAACUUCUGUUUUUACAGUGUGCUAUAGGCUAUAAAUAAAAUAGGCCUGGCAGUCAACACAAAAAGGCUACAUACUUAACUUAGAGGAUGGAUACAAAGUAUCGAUCCACUAGUGCUAGUAUCGAGCUGAUGCAAAUAUCAGCGUUGGUAUCAAUAGUAUCAAUAUUUGGAUCAAUCUGCCCACCCCUACAGCCAGUUUGUGCUAAUGUAAGGAAACUUUUAAUUGGGAAUUCAGGACACAACACGAAAGUUCAGAUGGCAUGACAAGUUGGAUCAUGCUUUAUCAAAUGAAUGAAGACCAGAAUAGUUAUAAGACAUCAGUCUCACAUAGUCCUUUUUUAACUUAAAAGUGAAACUGAUUAUUAGUAGGUGGUGAUUAAUUUUCCCAGUAAUGGAGUGUGAGGUAAAUUCUCACAUUGGGACUUUAGAGAGUUGAUUUUAUCCAACCUUCUGAACACUCGAAUGACUCUCUGCUGACUGGAUACAGUUUUAAGGUCAUGAACCAUAAAAAAAUGAGGGAAAAAACCCAACUGUGUUCAGUGUGUUUAAAUUUAACCGCAUCAGAAGAGAUUGAACCAGUGCUGUGAUUGGUCCAACAGGAAGAGCAAAGCUUGCUGGAUCUUAAAGUGUUAAAUUAUAGAUAUUUAAAGAUAUUUUUACUCUCGUGUUUUCCGGUGUGUUGGUGUAAAUCAGCUCUAAUACUAUUGAUUUUAUUAACAAAAAUGUUUCACUUUACGUUAAUAAAGUGCUUCAAAUAUUAAUACUUAAAACAUUCUGUAUGUUUACCUAUAAAUGAACAAAGAGUCGACUCGGAGCUUAGAUGUUAGUAUGAAACGUGAUAAAAGGUAAAGUGAGAUGAGCAAGUGGAGACACAUGAAUACUUUUUAUCUUUUCUUUUUCUUUUUUUUUCUUUUUUACCAUUUUUAAUGCAAAGACACCGUGACGUCACUGUGUGGAAAUAUUUUUCUGUCGCUCAGCCGGUUUGGAGCUGACAGUCCGCUCAAGUUGCCAGAGAGCGCGCACAGCUUUUGCAUCCUUGCGUGAUGGCCACGGACGCGUCCAGGAGUUUUAAAAUAGGAUGGCUUCGCAACUCGGUGCGCAGGGAAAGAUACCUUUUCAGGUAAGGAGCUGAAGCGAUGGGACUCAGAUGGACUGUGGUAACAGACUUGAAGUCUGCUGUUUUUCUUCUUUAAAGCCCGUGGAGCCGCUAAGACAAUCAUAAAAGGACGGAACGCAAAAAUCAAUUAAAAAAAUCAUGCACUGUUCAUACUCAUGGAGAGAUGGCAUGCGUGCUCCUCUUCGGUCGACUUCUCCCCUUCUCACACCGGCUCAGAGGAACGUCCAUCUGCUUGUUAUCCCUUUUCCUUUCAUAUUUAUUCUACUGCGCUCUAUUCCCUGACGGUGCCAUCAUGCAAACGUCAGGUGAUCCGACGCCCAGCUGUCAGCGAGCAGAUGGAGCCAAAAGGCGCCUUCAGAAAUCCCUCUCCUGCCUUUUACCGUCGGACGCGAGGUUGAGCGCUGUUGAGGCGUCUCGGUUGAAAGCCGACCAAAGACCCCAUUUCGCUCAUCACACCGCCGGGAACGGCACGCCCAGCCCGCCUAUGAGCAAUUUAAAGUUUGGCAAUAAAAAGUUACCAAAUGCCAUCAUAGUCGGUGUGAAAAAGGGAGGCACGAGAGCCGUCCUGGAGUUCAUAAGAAUACAUCCGGAUGUGCGCGCGGCGGGAACCGAAACACACUUCUUCGACAGGAACUAUGACAGAGGCCUGGAGUGGUACAGAGGUUUAAUGCCAAGAACUCUUGAAAGCCAAAUCACAAUGGAGAAGACACCGAGCUACUUUGUGACAAAAGAGACACCACACCGGAUUUCUACCAUGUCCCAAGACACCAAGCUCAUAGAGGUGGUGCGAGACCCCGUCACUCGAGCAAUAUCGGACUACACUCAGACGUUAUCCAAAACGCCGGACCUGCCGAGCUUCCAGGACCUGGCCUUCAGGAAUCAGAGCCUGGGAAUCGUUGACAUGUCCUGGAACGCCAUUCGGAUCGGCUUGUAUGCUUUGCACCUUGAAAACUGGCUCCACUACUUCCCUCUGGCUCAGAUCCAUUUUGUGAGCGGAGAGCGUCUCAUCACAGACCCAGCAGGGGAGAUGGCUCGGGUGCAGGACUUUCUUGGGCUGAAACGCAUCGUCACCGACAAACACUUCUAUUUCAACCGCACCAAGGGUUUUCCCUGCCUUAAAAAGCCGGAGAGCAGCGGCUCGCCCCGCUGCCUUGGCAAGUCAAAGGGGAGGACUCAUGUGCAGAUAGACCGAGACGCUAUUGAGCAACUGCGAGACUUCUAUCGACCUUAUAAUGUCAAGUUCUAUGAAAUGGUGGGGCACGACUUUAAGUGGGAGUAGAGGUUCGAGAUGUAUGUUUACGUGGUGCUGGAAAAACUUAGCUAUUCCACAAAUGUUCUUUUAAAGCGGUUUGCCUUCAGUAAUGUGUCAAGGCUAAAGUGAAUAGCUAACUAUCAGCAGUCUCUAGACAAUUUCCGAGCGAAGCAGCCGAGGCAGUACUUUCCUUUGAAGUGACUCUAAUGAACAGAGUAAAAUCUAAGACGACAUUGCUUUUGCACUUGUAAUGAUCAGUUACCAGCAUCAGCACCCUGUUUGUUGCCAGAUAUAGGCAUCAUUUUCAGAUUUCCGUUUGUGUUACUCUGUAUUAUUGCUGACUUUAUUGCUGACUGCUUCAUAAAAAAAAAGAGAGAAAAUUCGAAGGGAAGGGGAUUAGUUCCUUUUAAAAUCUGCUUGACUAAUCAAAGUAGAGUUUGAAAGCAAGCCCUUGGAAAAUGUCAGUGAAGUCUUCAGGGAGAAGAGAAUUAAGCUGCACCACUGUGGCGGUAAAUCUAAAAUGUAAAGCCAUAAGGCAAGUAUGAACCACCUGAUAUUACUUACUCUUCAUUUUUUUUUUUCAAAAGGUGAAAGAUAUUUUCUUCCGUUCUUUCCGACAUGAAUCAGACAUGUGCUGUAACGAGCAUUUCACUCUGUACUCCGUGCUUUGUUUCCAAAUCCUGGUUUAUGUUUUUGUUGCAGAAGUAUUUAAUCACUGCGUUAAUCACAAUGCUUGUUCAUAAACUUCAUUAAAUGAAACAGAAGCA